AUGUUCCUACAGGCCAUCGCUCUGGCCAUCAGUGUAAUCCUCGUAUACACCAUCGCAACAAUGAUAUACAAUGUCUUCUUCCAUCCUCUGCGGAAAUUCCCAGGCCCUAUUCUUGCGCGAACGACAAAUCUUACCUGGCACAUACAGUUCACCAAGGGGCGCUCUGUUGCAUGGAUGCACGAGUUGCACAAGAAAUAUGGCCCUGUUGUUCGGUACGGCCCCGAUAAGCUCUCAAGCAUCAAACCCGAAACUUGGAAAGAAGUCUACGGUCAUCACAUGCCUCAAUGGCCUAAAGAUCCUAAUUUUUUUGGACCGGAUCCUUAUGGGGAGCCGGGGAUCAUUCGAGCCGACGACGUCUCUCAUCCCAGGCAACGCAAACUUGUCUCACAUGCCUUUAGCGACAGGGCUCUAAAAGACCAGGAACAUGUUGUCAAGCAUUACGUCUCACUUCUGGUGGAGAAGCUCGAACAAGAUGCAAAUAACUAUGACGGAAAAGUAGAUCUAGUCGCGUGGUUCAACUUUACAACAUUUGACGUGAUGGCUGACUUGACAUUUGGCGAAUCGUUAAAUCAACUGAGGGGUUCGAUGUACUCUCCUUGGGUCAAAUCGAUCUUUAGCAAUGUUCGAUCCCUUCAACUCAUGAGCAUAGCUGCGGAGUGGCAGCCAUUUACGAAACUACUGACAUGGUUCUUAAUUCCUUCCAAAGUAAAGAAAGAACGACAGAACGUGUGGCGCUUCUCUGCUGACAAAGUCAAAGACCGUCUCAGCAGGCAAGUCGAGCGUAAUGACAUCUGGAGCUACAUACUUCGUUACAGCAACGACGAAAACAGAGAAAAGAGGAUGAAGGGCCUCACGCUCAACGAAAUGCUGUCGAACGGGCAGAUAUUCAUGAGUGCAGGUACUGAGACGACUGCGACGUUAUUGAGCGGGCUAUUCUAUUACUUGCUGCUCGACAAUCAAAGGCAUGCUAGACUUGUAAAUGAGAUCCGCGCUGCGUUCUCAACUUUCGAGGAUAUGACCAUGGCCCGUUUAGCGGAGCAGAAAUAUCUUCAAGCUUGCAUUGAAGAAGGGCUAAGAAUCUAUCCUCCUGUUGCCGUGGGUAUCCCCAGAAUGGCACCAAAAGAUGGUGCAAAAUUUGGCACAGACUUCGUUCCCAAAGGAACUCGAGUUCAAGUGCCUCAGUUCGCAGCGUAUCACUCGUCGCACAAUUUCAAAGAUCCCGAUAGCUUCAUCCCUGAGCGAUGGUUGCCUGAAGGCCAAGCGGUGUACGGUUCGGAUAAGAGGGACGUUGUACAACCAUUCUCAUAUGGACCUCGGAACUGUUUGGGCAAAAAUAUUGCUUAUCAUGAGAUGCGUUUUAUCCUGGCAAGCUUGCUUUGGCACUUUGAUCUUGAAUUGACGCCUGAGACCGACAACUGGGCUGAUCAGCCUGUUUAUAACUUCUGGGUCAAGAAACCACUGGUAGUCUCCUUGAGACCUACCAGACACUAA